CUGUUUUUCCGCUGUCGUUUUCCUGCUUAUUGCCGAUUUGGUCGUGGAGUUUAUAGCCUGAAUGUAAAAUUUAUAGUCUGUGCUGAACCAAUACUCCAAAGUGUACAAAAAUUAAUACUUGGAAAACAAUAUAAUAACUGCAUUUUUCUAUAUACACCAAAAGCUAUAAUGGCAGUCAAGUGGCAUUUUUUCGUCGCUUUUCUAAUGUUUACUACACACUACUUGGCAGAGGUUAAUGCCCUAGUGGAAUUUACUAACGUACAGUGCGAGUCUCUGGAUAAGGACUUUGCCUUAUUUGAAUAUUGUUAUCUGAAAUCUGUGAACCGAUCUUAUAAAUAUUGUUCCCUUAAAGUUAAGCUUCUUCAGCUACCCAUAACCAAAAUUAAGGUGCGUUUUGGCCUCUAUAAACGUCUAAAUGGCUAUAUUCCAUUUCUCUACAAUAUGACUUUAGACGCUUGCAGAUUCCUAAAAUCGGCGAAACCCAAUCCGAUUGCUAAUUUCUUUUAUAGUUUUUUCAAAGAUCACUCCAACAUAAACCACACUUGUCCCUAUAACCAUGAUAUUGUGGUGGAUCAGAUGUUAUAUAAUCAUAUAAAUUAUAAGGUCACCAAAAUACUGCCGUUUCCGGAGGGAAGCUAUAUGUUCGAAUUGCACUGGCUUGCCUACGACAUUGAUCGAGCUAUAACUAAGUUCUAUUGGUCACUUACUUGAGAAGAAACAGCUAACAAAAAUCAAUGACAAAACAGCUAAUAAAAAUACAAUUAUA